AUGAAAACUAAUAAACAGAUUAACAAAUCUAUAUAUCGCAUUAUUUUUAUUUUGCAAAACACGACACUUGACACGAUCUUUUUUAAAAUUAAUAAAAAUUUAAUAAAUUUAUCAACAGGCUGUUUAAUUUUUCCCCGAGGAUGUGUUACACAAAAAAUAUUUUUAAAAAUGUAG